AAGACUAAUAUCCUCUAUUUAUUUACGAAUAAAAAAGAAGAAAUGAGAAGCAAGCUAGAAGGAAAUAGAGCGUAAUGGCGAUGAACAAACAUUUCCACAUGAGUAAAGGUGAGGGAGAGCUAAGCUAUUCCCGAAACUCUUCUAUCCAGGAAACAGUGUGGUUAAUGAACAAACAAUUACUGGAGAGUGUACUCGAAUCGUUAUUCAAAGUUUCAUAUGGAGUUGAUAAAAUCUGUAAUAUUGUUGAUUUGGGAUGUGGUGUGGGCCCAGUUCCAUUAGCUUUAGUAUCAUUGGUAAGCAAUGUUAUUAAAGGAAAACUUAAGGAAUUGGAGUGUGAUGAAUCAUGUGAUGAAGUAGGAUUUAAAUGCCAGAUUUACAUGAAUGAUUUACCUUCAAAUGAUUUCAGUAAAUUGUUCAAAGAUUUGAUGAGUUUAGAAGGAUUACAAACAAAAUAUGAUGGUAAUCCCUUGUGCUUCUUCAUGGGUGCUCCUGGAUCUUAUUAUGAUAGACUUUUUCAUCAUAAUACUUUGGACUUUGUUCAUGCUAAUUAUGCUCUUCACUGGUUGUCUCAGGUGCCAGCAGGUCUUUGGAAUGAGCAUGGUGUGCCUAUAAAUAAAGGGGACAUCUACAUGUCCGAAACAAGUUGUAAGGCAGUUGGAAAUGUUUAUUGGACACAAUUUGAAAAUGAUUUUACAAAAUUUCUCAAAAAUCGAUCUGAAGAAGUUGUGCCAAAUGGUUGUAUGCUCAUUACACUUUUAGGUCGACCCAAUGAUUCAGAUUUCUUCACUUGGAGGAAUUUUGAGCAUGCAAUCAUUAACCAAUCUCUUAUUGCUCUUAUUUCUGAGGGAUUAGUUAAAGAAGAGAAGCUAGAUAAUUUCAAUUUCCCUGCGUAUCACCCCAGCAUGGAUCAGCUUGAAAGUGUUGUAAAAAAAGAAGGUUCAUUCUUAAUUGAGGAAAAAAGAAUAGUAAUACAUGAUUCAGCAUCUGAGAUCAAGAACAAGCAUGAAAGAGCACAAGUCUUGGCAAAGUCUACUUAUGCCUUAUCAGGAUCACUAAUUUCACAUCAUUUUGGUGAUCAAAUUUUGCAACCUUUUUUGGAUAAACUUGUCUACUUUGCUUUCCAACAUUUGGAUCUUGGGUAUCUUCCUCAAAACCAUUCUCUUACCAUUUUACUUAGAAAAAUUUAACACUAUUUUAUGAAUAAAUUAUUAAUUAAGAGUCUUUAAUAAUUAAGAAGAAAAAAUAAUAUGCCUUUUAAUGGGCAUUUUUUUGUUGUUAUGCUAUUGAUCGAAUAACAGUCAUGGGUUACUUGCCUUUAAUAAUCAAGAGUGUUGGGUUACUUGCCUUGUUUAUGUUGGAUUUAUUAUAAUGGUGUCUUUGUUGUUUCCUUUGUUUUUUCUACCC